AUGACAACCGCCGCAGCGUCCCAAGGCUCCGACUUCUCCCACACCUCCCCCUCGCGAGCUGCCCCAUCCCGGUCCUAUUCCACACGCUCCUCCCGCCCCCCUCCCGUACCCUCAGGCUCUGCUGGCGGCGCGGCUGGGCCACCUGCGUCCUCCAUUUCCAGCGCCAACGCCAGCGCCAACACCAACGCCAACUCGCACUCGUACUAUCACCACAGCAGCCACCAAGCAGCCCAGCAGCAGCAACAGCAACAGCCAGGAGUGCAGCAACAGCAGCAGCAGUACGCAACGACUUCGACAGCGGCCUCAUCGCAGCAGCAGCCGCAGGCCCGUCACCGUCGCCGCAGCUCGUCGUCGUCUCGCCCGACCCACGCCCACAGCCAGCCUGCGUCGUCACAAAAUGACUACGAAACCUCACAUCUAGCCGCAUCCCAGUCCAAGCGCAGCUCCAGCCGAGACCGCCCGCCGCUCUCUUCUAACAACAGAGCGGCCGACGCCUCUCGAUCCCAUCGACGGAGCACCAGCACCCGCUCCACGCAUACUCGUCAGGGCCACGCCGAAAUGCCUCCCUCCGCCGUCGCCAACAAUGGCAGCUCGGCCGCUGCGUCGCACCACACUUCCCAUGGCGGCGCCGACGCGACGCAUAAACAAUCCAGAUCGCGCACCACCAUCCCAACGCAGUCGGGCAAAUGGAUCUUGGGCAAGACCAUCGGCGCCGGCAGCAUGGGCAAGGUGAAGCUGGCUCGCAAAGAAGACGGGUCUGAACAGGUUGCUUGCAAGAUCAUCCCUCGCGGUUCUACUGAUGACGGCCAUCAGAGCCGGCAAGAGAAGGAGCGCGCCGAUCAGUCAAAGGAGAUCCGAACCGCUCGCGAGGCUGCCAUUGUCACCCUUCUCCAUCACCCCCACAUCUGCGGCAUGCGAGAUGUCGUUCGCACAAACUAUCAUUGGUAUAUGCUCUUCGAGUAUGUCAACGGCGGCCAGAUGCUCGACUACAUCAUUUCACAUGGCAAGCUCAAGGAGAAGCAAGCCCGCAAGUUUAGUCGUCAGAUUGCCAGUGCUCUGGACUACUGUCACCGAAACAGCAUCGUCCAUCGCGAUCUGAAAAUCGAAAACAUCCUCAUCAGUAAAACUGGUGACAUCAAGAUCAUUGAUUUCGGCCUCAGUAACCUGUUUUCUCCUCGCGGCCAUCUCAAGACCUUCUGCGGAAGUCUCUACUUUGCCGCCCCGGAGCUGCUACAAGCGAGGGCAUACACUGGUCCGGAAGUUGAUGUGUGGAGCUUUGGCAUCGUCCUCUACGUUCUCGUCUGUGGUAAGGUGCCUUUCGACGAUCAGAGCAUGCCUGCUCUUCAUGCGAAGAUCAAGAAGGGUCUUGUCGACUACCCGAGUUGGCUUUCAAAUGAAUGCAAACACCUAAUGUCCCGAAUGCUUGUCACAGAUCCCAAGCAACGAGCAACCAUGCAAGAGGUUAUGAACCACCCAUGGAUGCUCAAGGGAUUCAGCGGACCUCCAGAUAACUACCUUCCCGUCCGAGAGCCGCUCAAUGCCAACUUGGAGCCAGAAGUCAUCCACGCCAUGCAAGGCUUCAACUUUGGUUCUCCCGAGUCCAUCCGUACUCAACUUACAAAGGUUAUCGAAUCAGAGGAUUACCAGCAGGCUGUCAAGGCGUACCAACGUGAGAAGGAGCAGCCACAGCCCAGCAAAGACAGCGAGAAGAAGCGUGGAUUUGGCUUCGAUUUCUACAAGAGGAGAAACUCCAACAGCCGUGAUACUCUUAGUGGACCAAGCUCCGAAGCGCUGCAGAUAGGUGCUGACCCCCUGAACGCCUUCAAUCCCCUCACUUCCAUCUACUAUCUCGUCAAAGAGAAGCAAGACCGGGAGCAUGCGGAGAUGAGCCCGCCAGCAAGCACUUCUCGCGAAAAGGAAAAAGAAAAGGAGCGAGAACGGGAUAAGGAGCGAGAACGCGCAGAGCGUGAGCGCGAGAAAGAAAAAGAAAAGGAAAGAGAGCGUGAAAGGGAGAAAGAAAAAGAACGUGCAGAGCGUGAACGCGAACGCGAACGCGAGCGUGAGCGUGAAAAGCUUCCAGAGACUGUACCUGAUUUGGCACCUCCUCAAGCGGCUCAUACCAAUGCUGCAGCGUUUGAAAUGCCGGGUGAGAGGCCUACAGGCGGACGCACUCGACCCAGAGCUCGUACUCACGGAGAAGACGAUGCGCCAGACUUGGUGAAACAGCAACACAUACCUGUGCAGCCUGAAUCCAAGGCCGAUCAACUUCAGAAGAAGGAGGGCACUACUGCCAGCCUGCUCCGGCGCUUCAGCACUCGGAAACGCAGGGAGCCUGAUCGAUCAGCAGACAAGGAGAGAGACCGUUCCUACCCUCCCAUGGUACAUGUCCACUCACCACCCGAAGGAGCCCCUACAGCCCCUAGAAAGAGCUUCAGCAUCCGACGUGGACGGCGAGACCGUGACGAUCACGCCAAUAUUGCGCUGCCAUCUGGCGGCAGUCAACACAGCGAGCUGCUGAGCCCCCCAAUGUCUGCCGGUGGCAUUCGCGGAUCGCGAAAGUCGGGACUUGGACGGUCAACCAGCGUAAAUUCAGCGGACAUUCGCCGACGAGAUAAUGCCAUGUCAUCGAGAGAGCCACCAUUGACGAGCGGCUCGGACCAGUCUGUUACAAACGACCAGUCUUCUACUGUACAGAGGAGCCACACGCAUUCACAAUCAGUGGCAAUGAGGGCCAAAUCUCUAGGACACGCGCGUCGCGAGAGCGUUCAACAACGUCGUCUGCGAAGAGAAGCCGCCCAAGAGGCCAAUGUACCAGAAGAAACCGAUUUGGAACAGGAAGCCAGCGGCGUCUCCACUGACAGACUGGACAGCGCUGAAUUGGCGAAACCCGUAUACCUCAAGGGUCUUUUCAGCGUUUCCACCACCUCCGGCAAGACGGUUCCGACUAUUCGUGCCGACAUCCGGAGGGUGCUGAAACAACUAAACGUCGACUAUGUCGAAAUCCGAGGAGGCUUUAGCUGCAAGUAUACGCCUAGUAUCGACCUCAACAGGGUGCAUGAUACACCGAGCAGUCCGCCUGCCCAAAACCAAGGAGGUGGCCAUCGCCGCCGCUUUAGCUUUGGCGGCCUCAUGCGAGGCGAGGACCGUGAUCGCGACGACAUUCGCGAUAUGGAUCGAUCGCCCGUGACCCCAAGGACGCCUGGACGGCAGGACCGCGACCGCAAUCGAGACCGUGACCGCAGCUACUCCAACUCUGAAGAGUCGGUGGAUAGCAUCCCCCGAAGAAGUGGAGGAGUAUCGAGGCGCGUGCCUGGAGAGACGACGACGCAAGUGCAAAGCGAUCUGGGUGGUAGCAUGGUAAUGGAGUUUGAGAUCUUUAUCGUCAAGGUCCCACUCCUUUCCCUGCACGGCAUCCAGUUCAAAAGAAUGACUGGAAACACGUGGCAGUACAAGAACAUGGCGGAGCAAAUUCUCAAGGAGCUGAAACUCUAA